AUGACCAUCACAGUCUGUCCUUUUGCAAUGGAUGAGAAGUUGAAGGAAGCUGCAAAAACAGGUAGCAUCGAGGGAUUAUAUGAAUGCAUUAGGGUGAAUGGAAAUGUUUUAAAGGACAUGGAUGAGUUGGAGUUUGUUGAUACUCCACUACAUAUAGCUGCAGCUGAAGGACACAUUGAAUUUUGUAGGGAGAUUGCGAAUUUAAAGCCAUCAUUCACUAGGAAGCUCAACCAAGAUGGUCUCCGCCCCCUUCACAUUGCUUUGGAAAACGGGCGAAGAGAUAUGAUCGACUGUCUCCUGCAAGUGGAUAACAACCUCGUUCGAAUCAAAGGAAAAGAGGGCAGCACUCCUUUGCAUCUCGUAGCCAAGCUACACGACCCACGAUUACUCGACCUGCAGCUCGAGUUCUUGCCUGAGUUCCUAAAAGAAUGCCCUCAAUGUAUCCACGAUGUCACAAUUCGAAACGAGACUGCUCUGCAUAUUGCAACAGAAUAA